AUGCAUCUCCGCCGCAUUUUUCUAAUGACACUAGUCACUGUUCUGGUCAUGAACAGUGUUCUUAAGGUGACUGGAGCCGGCGUUUCACUCAUAGAGCAGGUAAAAGUCGCAGGCCGUGGUGACAGGAACGAUGGGAGAAUUCUGCGAGCUGCCAAGACAAACAACGAGAUCGAUAACGUCGAAGGUUCGCCAGGUGAGGAUGAGAGGGCUAAUUCGAUAUCCUCAUUUUUGUCCAAGGCUCGCAAGAAGAUCUCUCUGUUCGUGAAAACUACCGUGUGGCUCGAGCGAUACAAGUCUGUCGACUACGUCCAGGAGAAGCUGGGAAUGAAAGGUUUGACCGGAGCUGAACUUUCGUCCCACAAGAACUACAAGCGCCUACAGAAUUAUGCAAAAAACCUACGCGAAAACAUAAUUUGGAGAGAUGUCCGCCAAGACAAAAGCACGUAUACUGUAUGGAAUGACGUGGGUCUCAAUAAAAAGACAGCAUUCGACCCAAAGACCACAUUGUGGAAAGAGGUACCAGACGAUGCAAUUCGAGCUCAACUCGAGAAGAUCCGGGGAACAAGAGCAUUUAAAAAGUACGAGGAGUACGCUGUUGCGUUUGACGACUACCAAAUUAAUCUAUACAGUAGCGACCGGCCUGCCAUCUUUUUCGACAAGAACGCCACGCCGUUGGAAAAGAUGGCAAGGAUACAGAUUUGGGUGACAACUAAAAGACCAAAAGCGUACGUGAAGGAGUUUUUGAAUUUGGAGCACGCGAACCAACAGAAGCUCUCAAGCGACCGAUUUUACCAAUUCUACUUGAAGGAACUGGAGAAAAUGAACAAGGUGUAG